CGCGUCCAAGUUAACCAAGUAGUCCUGCAUCGUCCUUUCAACUCUCAAGUCUCGUCUCGAGAAGAGACAGAUCUCUCUCAUCUCCCGCUUCUUACCGUGGCCGUUUGCUCGAACCCUAGUUCUUUGUAUUCUCUUCACAAUGAAACUUGUCAGGUUUUUGAUGAAAUUGAACAACGAGACCGUGUCAAUCGAACUCAAGAAUGGAACUGUUGUUCAUGGCACGAUUACAGGUGUUGAUAUCAGCAUGAACACUCAUCUGAAGUCUGUGAAGCUUACACUGAAGGGGAAGAAUCCUGUAACUUUGGAUCAUCUUAGUGUUAGGGGCAAUAACAUUCGCUAUUACAUCCUUCCUGACAGCUUGAAUCUCGAGACUUUACUGGUUGAAGAGACACCUAGGGUCAAACCAAAAAAGCCAACUGCUGGGAGAGCUGUGGGACGUGGUCGGGGUCGUGGACGCGGACGAGGACGUGGUCGGGGCCGUUAGAUAUGUUGCACUAAGUUUCGAUUUGUGUGACAUUUGUGUAAACAGCAAUUUAUAUGAGAAUUGCUUGGUCACUUAGACACACGAAAGGAUUGUAUUCAGCGUACUUCUGGUGAUCAUUUGCCUUGAGAGGAGACUUGAUAGCGGAUUCUGAAUUCUCAACUGGGAUUAAUUGCUUGAAAUUGAACAGAGCAUAUAGACUCGACCGCACUGGCUAAGCGUGUGAGUGAGAUUUAGCCUAAAAACAUGGAGGUGUUUUCUAGUGAUAUUUUUCUAAUCA